CAGCUUCUAUCUCUGUUUUUACGCUGUGGAUCAAGAAAAUAAAUCAUACUUAACCCCUAUUUUCUAUCUUUUAAUCAAAUUGAAUUGCAUUACUCCUCCACGUCUUCGGCGCCUUCAGGGCUUUGUUUUCUUGAAAAUAGAUUCAGAAAAAAGGAGAAUAUAGUGCGUUACAGCUGACUUUUUUUUUAGGUUUUACUGGGAUAUAAUCCCGGCAGAUUUUCUCCUUGAAAAUCCUGGAUUUUUCCUGGGUUAACUGUAAUUUGGGGAUCUCAAAUUGAUCAUCCGUGCUUGAACAUGGUGAAUAAUAGCAAUAACAACAAGAAUAAUCAAGAUGUCGGGGAUAAGAAUACAUCAAGCAUUUCUAGAGAUAUUAGUGGUGGAGGGGGAGCCACCAAAUCAUGGGUCACCACUGCGUCUGGUCAAUCAGUGUCCACCAGUGGCAGCGUGGGUUCCCCGUCAAGCCGGAGUGAGGCUGCUGUGGCAACUCCUGCCAGUGACAGCACAUUUCUCAGGCUUAACAAUCUGGAUAUCCAAGGUGAUGAUGCCGGAUCACAAGGGGCUAUUGGUAACAAGAAGAAGAAAAGGGGUCAGCGUGCUGCUGGAGGGGAUAAGACUGGUAGAGGGCUUCGUCAAUUUAGUAUGAAAGUGUGCGAAAAAGUGGAAAGCAAAGGAAGAACCACAUACAACGAGGUUGCAGAUGAACUUGUUGCUGAAUUUGCAGAUCCUAACAAUAAUCUUGCCUCUCCGGACCAGCAACAAUAUGAUGAGAAAAACAUACGAAGAAGGGUUUAUGAUGCUCUAAAUGUUCUGAUGGCAAUGGAUAUAAUAUCUAAAGAUAAGAAGGAAAUACAAUGGAAAGGUUUACCACGGACUAGCUUGAAUGACAUUGAAGAACUAAAGAAUGAGAGUCUUGGAAUUAGAAAUCGCAUUGAGAAAAAAGCAGCAUAUUUGCAAGAACUCGAGGAACAAUACGUAGGUCUUCAAAAACUUGUCCAACGUAAUGAGCAACUAUAUGGCUCGGGAAAUGCUCCUAAUGGUGGUGUGGCUUUACCUUUUAUAUUGGUGCAGACUCGUCCUCAUGCAACUGUCGAGGUGGAAAUAUCAGAAGAUAUGCAGCUGGUGCAUUUUGAUUUCAAUAGGUAAGGGAAUCACUCAAGCA